AUGUCGAGCACGGCAUGCGAGGUUGGUCAGAUGCCGGGGGCGGCGCCAUGGUGCUGGCUCUCCCUCUCCCACGAGGCCAAGCGCGGUAGUCGCAACGCACGGGAUGAUGGUUUCAGUGAGGAAACACAUCGGGGGUGGAAUGGAGAUGGCGAGGACGCCUUGCGAGUGCGUCCGCCACGGCCGGCGCUGCCACGCGAGGCGGUGCAUCCUUUCCUCUACAACCGUGACGCGUCACAGAGCCCACUGCAGACGUUGAAGCUUAUUGUGCUAUCCCUGCUUCUUCUUCCGCUCCGCUUGGUGUACGUGGCGCUUUUGCUCACAGUGGCGGCGGGCCUCUCUCUGUUCGCUGAGGCUCGCGGGACGACGCGGCGGCGAUGUGGGGAGGCGGCCAACGGCAGCAGCAACAGUGGCCGACAAAUUAUUCGCCGCUCCGCGCGUAGUGCGCGGCGUUGGGCCACGCUGGCAUUUGGAUACUGGCGUAUUGGGCGCGUGAAGCGUGUGAACUACGGCCGACACACGAAUGGCACCUACGCGGAGGCCCCCAUCGUUGUGGCGAAUCACUGCACGCUGCAGGACGGGCUCCUGCUGUGCGCCGAGCACGACGCGUCGCUCGCCGCAGGGGACGUAGAUGCCGCGUUCUUGCGGCACCGAGAGGCAUCGCACACGGCGUCGGAGAGCGACAGCAGUGGUUCGCCAGCAGACGGGAACAAGCCGCCACAACAGCCUCAGCAGCAAACGCAUUGUAGUGGGCGGGGCAAUGGCUGGCGUCCGUCUGUUGUUUUCCCCGAGGCGUGUUGCACCAAUGGACGCGCGCUGAUUCAGUUCGACACCGACGCCUUCGCCCCUGGUGCGCCCGUGCAGCCGAUCUGUGUGCGCCACCCGUACACGCACUUUGACCCAUCCUGGUGCGGUGCCAACUCUCCGUGGGCGAUGCUGCUGCAGACGAUGUGCCAGCUGUACAACGCGGUGGAGCUGACGUACCUACCCGUGUACGCUCCCACACUUGCGGAGCAGCAGGACUCUGCCCUCUACGCAGAAAACGUGCGACGUGCGAUGGCGCACGCAAUGCUGUUGCCCGUGACGGCGCACAACAGCACAGAUGUGCGCCUAAUGCUGAUGGCCCACCACCUGCAGCUACCGUUCGAGGCGGUUAAUGUGGAGGCCGGCCACUCGCACUUUUCUGCAGUGCCGUACAAACGUAUGGAGCGUAUGCUACAGCGGUUCAUUGCCGCCCUGAACCCAAGAAGCAAAGCGUCGUGUGAACAGGCAACGAGCCAACGGAGUGAGCAUCAGCAGCAUGUGGAGGGCGAAAUCCGCCAACGCUAUCGCCAUGUGCCGGAAGGGUUCAUGACACCACUUGGGUUGGGCGAGUUCCUCGCACCGUUCGGGGCUUACCCUAUUCUCCUUGAGCGGCUUCUACAGCAUCUGUCACGGCAUGCUUCUGUGCGGGGUGUACACGUUGCAUUUCGUGAUUUCCUCUCGGCGAUGGGCACGGAGCCCAUCGCGUUGCAGCAGAGCGUGGGCUCUCCUUUGGCUGCGCGCGCGUUGUACAUUGAUGAGAUCAAGGAGGAAGACGAGGCCCUGACAGCUGCGCUGCGUCGGACCUUUGCGAUGAUCCUGCUGGUAGGUGAGGCUCUCCUGGCUCAACGAGAAGAAAGACAGGGCGGCGGCGGCGGCGGCGGCGCGCACGAAUCAUCAGUGCAUGUUGCUGGUGGAACUUCCUCAACGUGUUGCACGUCGAUUUACGGUCACGAGAUUCGCUACCUAUUCCAAGCGUCCCAAGAUGGCGUGAUGCACGCGGCUGUGGCUACUGUUGCUGCUGUGAGCAGGUCGGUGGGGGACCGGCGCCUGAGUCGCGGUGCCUUUGACGCGCUCCUCGACAUAUUGCUCGUUCCACACCACUCGACAAUGUGGCGUGGCGGUGUCGCUAAGUCGUCGGCGCAACUCGCCGAGGAGGACGCGCUCUUUGCAUACAUUUGUGGUGGUGUGAUCGCGUCAUCAUCAUCAUCAUCAGCAGCAGCAGCAGCAGCAGCAGCAGGAUGUGCUACAGACGGCACCGCGUCACACGUGACAUUUCCCGCAUUUCUCCGCUUCGCCCGCAGACACCGUGCCGUCGCGGAGUACUUCCACGCCUGCUGCGAGCACUACCUGCUGGGCGAUGACUUGGCAUGA